AUGCCGGGAUUAGUGAGCUGUGUGUCAUUAAUCCCAGUAGAAACAGACAAGCCAGCAAGGAAGUCUGUGAAUCUAGGACCUGAACUUGAAAGGACAGGCCUGGCACCAAUGCUGCUCCUAUCAACAGCCCACCUGGAACACUUCACCCCAUCAACUGCUGGUGGCUUCCACUGCGAACAAGAUAUGGAAGGCAUGUUGCUUGCCAUUCAGAUAGUAGAAAUAACAUCUGGACUGUUAAGGCUCAAUGGACCUGCUGUUGACUGUAGAGUCACAACACUUGAUGGACCUGGUGUUGACUGUACCGUCACAACACUUGAUGGACCUGCUGUUGACUGUACCGUCACAAGACUUGAUGGACCUGCUGUUGACUGUACCGUCACAAGACUUGAUGGACCUGCUGUUGACUGUAUCAUCACAAGACUUGAUGGACCUGCUGUUGACUGUAACGUCACAAUACUUGAUGGACCUGCUGUUGACUGUACCGUCACAAGACUUGAUGGACCUGCUGUUGACUGUACCGUCACAAGACUUGGACUUGGAUUUGAAGGGUACAUGAGUGUAGAGUUAGACAGUGACCAAAUGGCUGACCUGUACCACAAGCUUCCAUCUUUGACUUUUGCAACAGCUGUCAACAAUGUGUCAGGUGUCCUCAAACUAAAGGAGCUGUCCAGUAGCAGCUUGGACCUAGUUGGAGGAAAACUUCAGCAACGUGUUCAUCUCAUGUCUAUGAUGCUGGCAAUCCAAGAAAUGGACUCAUUGAGAGAGAGGGUAUCAGCACAACAUAAAAGGAACAAGUUCUGGAGAAAGAUGCGAGAGAGAGUACAUUCUAAACUUAACCAAGAGGCAGAAAAAUAUGGAGACAUUUUGAUAAUGAACAUCACAGAUGUGUACAGAAAUCUACCAACUAAACUUUUAAUGUUUCACAACUGGCUUUACAACCACAUCAACGCCAGCAAUGUUUUGAAGACAGAUGAUGAUUGUUUUGUCAAUAUUGGGAGUGUGAUGUCAGCUCUUGAUGAGAUAGACAAAAGGGACAGAGAUAUGUGGUGGGGCAGUUUCCGAGAUCAGUGGUUGGUGGAGCAGUGGGGGAAGUGGUCAGAGCUGACAUACACGGCAGAUAUUUACCCCAGGUUUGCCUGUGGUGUUGGAAACGUAGUAUCCAGGGGCAUACAUACUUGGCUUAGUCAAAAUGUCAAUAAUCUCAAAACUUACCAGGGAGAAGACAUUUCAAUGGGAAUAUGGAUGUCAGCAGUACAACUGAGCUAUAUAAAGGAUGAUCGUUGGAAAUGUGACAAGAACUGUUCUGCCAAUUCCUUGGCCAUACCUGAACUUUCUCCGCAGGAAGUAAAAAGUAUGUGGACUUUCAAGAAAACAUGUGGUGAUCCCUGUGGAUGUGGAGCUGGAGGGUAGACAACUGUGUUUCACAAUGUAAAGCAGUGAUUACAUGACCUUGACAUUCAGUCAGGUUCUCCCAAGACCAGGAUUUUGUGAUGUCCAGAUUUGUCCAGGGACUAAGAUUGGUAAAUAAUGUCUGAUCUAGGGUACUAAAUGCACAUGGUAUCAGGAUGGAAAAUGUACAAGGACACAUAAUAUGGUCUGAUCAAGGUUACUGAAGGCAAGCUGUAUCAGGACAGAGAGAACUUCAAAACAUGAAUUUCUUUAUUCUGAGUUUGUUCAAUGCCUGCUUAUGCUGUAUGAUGAAAUAUAAAUGUUGCUGUUGAUUUAUAGAAGGAGAUUGCUUCUUGGAGGUGUUCAACCAUUAGCUAUGAUGGGUUAAGUUUUGUCAUACCAAGUUCUUACCCGGUAUGCAUGUCUGACUUGAAACCCUUGUAAGAGCCUCAAUAUUAGGAGGUCUGGAUGGUUAUCAUUGUAACCAAAUGACUGGUAAGAUGGUUUGGGUGUUUGUGACUAAUUUGGACAAGAGGCCCCAAAGGCCUUGACUGUUUGUUACGUCAAUACUGACCACUGAUAUCAUCAACAUCAACUAAAGAACAAUCUUAACUAUA